UGUGCACUCUAGGAAGGAAGCCUUUUCAUAGACUUACUUUAUAGGGGUUCUUUGAGGCGAGGAGCUGGGAUACCAUCUUUUAAAGAGAGUACCCACCAACAUCAACAUCUGCAGCUUUAUGGAGGGCCUGGUAUGGGGACUGAAAUUGAGGGGGGCUGGAGAGCUGAAAGAGAGCCAGUUUCCCCAAACUUGGACUUCUCAGAACCUUUAAUAUGCUAAUAUGCAUUGUGAAUCUCCAAGAGGGGGCUAUGAUAUGCAGCAUUCUUGAAUACUUCUAAUGACAGGGAGCCCACUACCUCAUAAGCUGCAGCGACAAGAGGAGCUUGUUAUUUUAAACAGAGGCUGAAGAAACUAUAGAACUAGCAGACAUACGAGAAAGUGGAGAAAGUAGAGGAUGGAGUUGCAGACUCUACAGGAGGCUCUUAAAGUGGAAAUUCAGGUUCACCAGAAACUGGUUGCUCAAAUGAAGCAGGAUCCACAGAAUGCUGACUUAAAGAAACAGCUUCAUGAACUCCAAGCCAAAAUCACAGCUUUGAGUGAGAAACAGAAAAGAGUAGUCGAACAGCUACGGAAGAACCUGAUAGUAAAGCAAGAACAACCAGACAAGUUCCAAAUACAGCCAUUGCCACAAUCUGAAAAUAAACUAACAACAGCACAGCAGCAACCACUACAGCAACUACAGCAGUACCACCACCACCACGCCCAGCAGUCAGCUGCACCCUCUCCCACCUUGACUGCUUCACAGAAGACUGUAACUACAGCUUCUAUGAUUACCACAAAGACACUACCUCUCGUCUUGAAAGCAGCAACUGCGACCAUGCCUGCCUCUGUUGUGGGCCAGAGACCUACCAUUGCUAUGGUGACCGCCAUCAACAGUCAGAAGGCUGUGCUCGGCACUGAUGUGCAGAACACACCAGUCAACCUCCAGACGUCUAGUAAGGUCACUGGGCCUGGGGCAGAGGCUGUCCAAAUUGUGGCAAAAAACACAGUCACUCUGCAGGUUCAGGCAACACCUCCUCAGCCCAUCAAAGUACCACAGUUUAUCCCCCCUCCUAGACUCACUCCACGUCCAAACUUUCUUCCACAGGUUCGACCCAAGCCUGUGGCUCAGAAUAACAUUCCUAUCGCCCCAGCACCUCCUCCCAUGCUUGCAGCUCCUCAACUUAUCCAGAGGCCUGUCAUGCUGACCAAGUUUACCCCCACAACCCUCCCCACUUCCCAGAAUUCCAUCCACCCUGUCCGUGUCGUCAAUGGGCAGACCGCAACCAUAGCCAAAACGUUCCCCAUGGCCCAGCUCACCAGCAUUGUGAUAGCUACUCCAGGGACCAGACUCGCUGGACCUCAAACUGUACAGCUUAGCAAGCCAAGCCUUGAAAAACAGACAGUUAAAUCUCACACCGAAACAGACGAGAAGCAAACAGAGAGCCGCACUAUCACCCCACCUGCUGCACCCAAACCAAAACGGGAAGAGAACCCUCAGAAACUUGCCUUCAUGGUGUCUCUAGGGCUGGUAACGCAUGACCAUCUAGAAGAAAUCCAAAGCAAGAGGCAAGAGCGAAAAAGAAGAACAACAGCAAAUCCAGUCUACAGUGGAGCAGUCUUUGAGCCAGAGCGUAAGAAGAGCGCAGUCACAUACCUAAACAGCACAAUGCAUCCUGGGACCCGGAAGAGAGGUCGUCCUCCAAAAUACAAUGCAGUGCUGGGGUUUGGAGCCCUUACCCCAACAUCCCCCCCAUCCAGUCAUCCCGACUCCCCUGAAAAUGAAAAGACAGAGGCCACAUUCACUUUCCCUGCACCUGUGCAGCCUGUGUCCCUGCCCAGCCCCACCUCCACAGACGGUGAUAUCCAUGAGGAUUUUUGCAGCGUUUGCAGAAAAAGCGGCCAGUUGUUGAUGUGUGACACGUGUUCCCGUGUGUAUCAUCUGGACUGCUUAGACCCACCUCUCAAAACAAUUCCCAAGGGCAUGUGGAUCUGUCCCAGAUGUCAGGACCAGAUGCUGAAGAAGGAAGAAGCAAUCCCAUGGCCUGGAACUUUAGCAAUCGUCCAUUCCUAUAUUGCCUACAAAGCAGCAAAAGAAGAAGAGAAACAGAAGUUACUUAAAUGGAGUUCAGAUUUAAAACAGGAACGGGAACAAUUAGAGCAGAAGGUGAAACAGCUCAGCAACUCUAUAAGUAAAUGCAUGGAAAUGAAGAACACCAUCCUAGCCCGGCAGAAAGAGAUGCGUAGUUCCCUGGAGAAGGUAAAACAGCUGAUUCGUCUCAUCCACGGCAUUGACCUCUCCAAACCAGUAGACUCUGAGGCCACCCUAGGGGCCAUCUCCAAUGGCCCAGACUGCAUUCCCCCUGCCAGUGCCGCCUCCUCCACGCCGACCCCUUCCCCCUCCUCCCAGAGCUGCACAGCAAACUGUAACCAGGGGGAAGAGACUAAAUAACAGAGCCCUGGAGAGAAGCCACGGGAUCCCGGCGGCGAGGAGAGCAAAACGCUGAAGACUCUAGAAAAUCAAAGCUGGAUUUCUUCUGGAAAAGUACAGAAUUCUUUUGGUUCUUUGGUUCCAGAGAGAGAGAGAAGAUGCUUGUGCCAGGUGGCACCCGAGUUUGCCAAUUGAUCCUUCUUAUUCUGUGUGUACAUGCAAAGAUUGGACCAUGUUACAUGAAAUAGUGCCAGCUGGAGGUUCUUUGCCAGCACCAUGCCAAGUGAAAUAAUAUAUUUACUCUCUCUAUUAUACACCAGUGUGUGCCUGCAGCAGCCUCCACAGCCACGAAGGGUUUGUUUUUGUUUGGUUUGGUGGGGAGCAGGGACGGGCCGAGGGAGGAGAGCAGGUUUCAGAUCCUUAUUUGUUUAGGAAGAGAAGACAAGUCCAAAGAGUGUGUGGGCUUUCCUGUCUCUAAACUUUCACUUCUAUAAAACCAAAAAAGGAAAUCGAGAUUUAACCAACCCCAGUGCCCACUGGAGGGAAGGGGCGGGCCGGGAGGGAGCCAGGGAUGGGAGAGUGUAUCACAUAGCAGUAUUUCAUUUCAUCCGGAGGGGGCCGAGGGCCAGGAGAGGUGGACACCUAGAGCAGCCACUAGCUUCCUUCUCCUAGCUCUGCCCCCACCUCGGGUGCCACUUCCCUGCGGAGGCCUCAGGCAGCCCCUUGACCCUGCCUGGUGUAUCGCUCAUCUGCGGUGAUUGCUGUUCCUCCCUCUUCGAAGAAAAGGAGGCAAGCCAGGCCCUGCUGGCGCGGCCAAGGCAGGGAAGGAGUGUGCGCGUGUGAUGAUCCAGGAAGGGAAAAAGGCGGAUCAGUGAUUUUACUUGAAAACAUCCAUCCCUUUUCUAUAUUUAUAAGAAGAGAAGAUGCUGAGUGACGCAGCACGACCCAGGUGUGUGUGAAUUGAAUGGAGACAUUUCUUUUCCUCUUUUUUUUUUUUUUUACUUUUUGUUUUUGUUCUUGUUUUCUUUAAGCAAAGUUUUAUUUUGUUGUUUAUUUUACUUUUUUGGGUAACAAAAACUAAAAUAAGGAAUAGAAAAGCUGUUUUUCAGGCUGACAGUCCAAUUAAGGGUAGUCGAGGCCUUGCAUGGUAGAAUAGGAGUCAUAGUGUCAGUGCGGUCAGUGAGUCUUUGUGAGUCCUUGUGUCAUCGUCCGGGCACUGUUUUUUUAUGCAAGGGCAAAAAAAAAAAAAAAAAAUCUUUGUAUCUGGGGAAAAAAAAAACAACUACUUUUUUUUUAAUUAAAAAGGAAAAUAAAAGAUAUUGAGGUCUUCCUAGUGUUACUUAAAUUAAGAUCAAGGUAAGAAACAUUGUACAAAAAAAAAUUACGAAAGUGCUAUUUGUUUCCUAAAAACAGUGAUUUCUAUUAAAAAGGUGUCAGAACUGGA